AUGAGAAAUAGUUUAGACGAGCAGGCCUGCAAAGCUGCUGCUCAAAAUUUGUUCUCCGAGCUUGGUUACGUAGUUACCAAUUGGGCACGAUAUUACAUUAGCUUUUCCAGGGGUGCUUUGUUCAUAUCAGGUUUGGUUUUCAGCCAUGGCUUGGCAGAAAAUGCUGUAAUGCGCAUCCUGAUAUCAUACUUCAUGGAGAAGAGGAAGAAUACGAAUUUAAGACAAGCUGCAGCAGUUGUAAAUGUUGAAGAGGGCAUAUCAGCUAUUAUGGCUAUUAUCAUAUCUUACAUUUCUGAUGCCUAUUUAUGUCGUUUUAAAGUGAUUGCUUACACCACUGCUAUGUUUAUCAUAAUAAGUGAAUACUGGUUAAAACGCAUUGAAAAGGACUAUCACAACAUGAAUGCAAGGCCCAAUUCCUAUAACAUUGUUGAAAAAUCCACAGGAUGUAUAGACUACCAGGAGAGAAAUAUAGAGGGAAGAUCAAUUAAAUUGCUAUCUAUAUCAGAGAAAGUCUCAUAUUUUUUCUCAUCAUUUUCUGGUCCUAUUUAUGUGGUCCUGGGAUUGCUUCUGCUUGGGGUCCCCACCUGGCUUACUCCAGAAUUAGAAGUUCGAUUAUUCUACCCGAUGGUGCUACUUAUAGCAGUGGGCAAAGCAGGAAGAAAUCCUCCUUUAAAAGCAUUUCUUGCUGAUCAGUUAACUGACACCAAGCAGAAGCAACCAAUAGAUGAGGAACAUGUUGAGGCCCGCAAAAAUUUUUGGUGGCGUGUUGCUUGGUCUCUAGGCGUUGUAGCUUCUUUUGGUUUAUUCAUUGGUUCUUGGAGAUGGAUCGUCUUAACUUUAUCAGUAGUGAUGGGUGUAGCUUAUCUGUGGUUCUUGCUUGGCAUCAAAUUUUACUCCUGCAAGAAACCAACGGGCAGUCUCCUUACUAACGUUUAUAAAGUUUUUAAAGCAGCCAUUUUGAAACGGCAUCUGGCUUACCCGAAUACUGCUAAUCGUUACUUCAAAAACGAUAGUAAUCAACUCCUCUUGUGGCCCAACGUUCCAUUUUUCAGGUGGCUAGACAAGGCUUCUAUUGUAGAAUCAUCAUCUCAACUGAUAUUAGAGGAACAGGAGAUUACAGGGAGGCUUUGCACAGUUGCACAAGUGAAGCAAGUGAAGAGCCUUUUAACAAUUGUUCCUGUUUGGACAACUUUUGUUAUUUGUGGUCUGGUAGAAGCAACAGGAAGAACUUUCUUCAUUCAGCAGGCCAACAAUUUGGAUGAGAAUAUCGGCAGCCUCUUCAUUGUCCCUGUUAGCCUUUUCAUUACACUUAAGUCCCUGGUAAGCUUUAUCGCUUCAUUCCUUCUCCAGUUACUUAUCCCAAAGUGGCUGGGCAAAGCAAAGAGACAGCCUUUUAUACUUGUUAGAAUCGGUUUUGGGAUGGUUUUUUCUAUUUUCAGCUGCAUUGCGGCCUGGCAAGUUGAGGUUCACAGAUUGAAUUUAAUCAAAAAAGAAACAAUGAGUUUCUUCUGGUUAGCUCCUCAGUUUACACUGCUGGGACUUAUGGGUGGAUUUGCUGAAGAGGGGCUCAGGGAUUUGUUUUUCAACCAUGUAGCUGAACCUUAA